AUGGCAGAGUUAAAGAACGCCCAAGGUCUCAGCAAUGAGGAAAUUCAAGCAUACAGAGAUGCUUUCUCUAUCUUCGACAAAGAUGGUGAUGGAACCAUAUCAACUGCCGAACUCGCAGAGGCAAUGAAAUCUUUGGGACAAAAUCCAUCCGAUGCGGAAAUUCAAGAUAUGAUUAAUGAGGUUGAUGUUGAUCAAUCGGGAACAGUCGACUUCGAUGAAUUCCUCAAGAUGAUGACUACCGAAACGAAGGGUGUUGACUUCGAACAAGAGAUGCGCAGUGCUUUUAAAGUAUUCGAUGUUGAUGGAAGCGGUACAAUUUCCCCAGAGGAAAUCUACAAGUUGAUGGCAUCUUUGGGAGAGAAUUUGUCAGAGGACGAGAUCAAGAGCAUGGUGAAGGAGGUUGAUAAAAAUGGUGAUGGAAGCAUAGAUUACGAUGAAUUUGUUUCAUUCAUUCGCGACAACAAAUAA